UUGUUCCACCCACGCAUUUAUUCCAUACUCAAUUGCGAAGAGGUCGUUAACACGCUAUGCAAAUUGCAAUUCGGCAAAUCUUUACGUCAUAAUUGGUGUGUUUUCAUUAUUCAAACACCUACGUCAGAUAAGAAAUAAACAAACUUUUGAUGUGCAUAUGUUAAAGAAGAGCACGACUAUUAACAUAUAUUUGGGAAUAAAUGCUACUGCAAUGUGCAGUAGCAAUUAUGUUUAUUAUUAUAAACCGAUAAGAAGGACUGAUGUAAGGACUGUAUAUUUUGAAUUGGGCAAGAAAAGAAGCAAAAGAAGCAAGAAAAGAAGCAGAUAAAGCCGUUUGUAAGCAAAAUAGGCGCAACGCACUACUACAAUAUUCUACUACUAAAUGAAAAGGAGACUACAUUUUUUUGACGUUCAUCAACGAAAUUCCAGUUUGAUUUCAUCUACUGUGCGGUUUGGUUGUGUUUGGACGCUCCGUUGUGCGCUGUUGUUGUUUCGAAUAAAUUUGAACUGAAAUUUUUAUAUUUAAAAUUAUUUUUAAAAACAUUACGAUAAAGACAAAUAUAAAUACAAAGGAAUUAAACAAUUUCUAUAGAAUAUUUUAAACAUUUAAUAAAUAAUUUUCGCAAUUGCGUUGUUUAUGAACUGCUAAUGUUAACUAAAAAAUAAAUAAAAAUUAUAUGUUAUUGGUGCCUUAAGUAUUUAUUUGCUUUUGUAACUGUAAUAACUGUUUUAAGUGUAACGGUUUCCGAUAUUUUGUAGUGUGCAAAUAGGGCUUUAUUUUGUAUUUUUUAACCGACGAAAGGUUCAAGAAGUGUAUAAAUAUUUAACAUAAAUUUUAUUAAAAUAUAAUUUUAUUAAAAUUUAAUAUAAUAUAGUACAAUAGCAAUAUAGUAGAAACUAGUAUUGCUUAAGAACAUAUUUACCGGUGGCAUUUUGACGCGCUUUCAGUUGAAAUUAAGAUAUUUAAAUAAAUAUUUAAAAAAACUGGAAAUAUGCGCACAAUACGUACAAUAUUGAAAUAGAUCUUUUAAAAUAAAUUUGAGAAUAUGGUACUUAAGGACUCUCACAUUUGUGAGAAUCUUACGAUGGAUAAUCAUAGGAAUGCUAUAGCUACUACAACAGCACCAGCAGGUACUGGUCAAAUUGCGGGCAGUAGAACACACAAGCGGCGAUUAACACUUUCACUCAACACAGUAGUUCUGCUAGGUGCGUUUUUUAUAUGUUCAUUAGUUGCUGUCAGCUUCAUUAUCUACAACUUCGCUACUUGUAACGAACUAAGCUCUUUAUCAGAUGAAAAUAUUGUGUGUUCACCAGUGCGCCUAACGCACCCUUCGAAAUCUGGCCAAAAUAACAGCAUCGAUACUUUGGAUGAGACACCUCAUUACGAAAAAGACGUACGCCUUCCACGUUCUAUUAAGCCGCUUCGCUACAAUAUCUCAUUAACGCCUUAUCUGCAUAAUGAAAAUUUUACUUUCGAAGGUGAAGUGAAAAUUAGUUUCCUAGUUGAAACCGCUGAUUGCUACAACAUAACUAUGCACGCAGCAGAAUUAAAUAUUUCAAAGAGUGGAGUUGAGGUGCGACGUGCUAAGAUAAAAGACAUCCAAUCACCUGCACCGGAAGCUCAGUUGCGUAUAAGAAAACAAUAUCUAAUCGAGGCUAAACAGUUUUUCGUUAUUGAAUUAUAUGACAAACUAAAACGAGACACCGAAUAUGAAAUCAAUAUUAAGUUUAAUGGGCUUCUCAAAGACUACCUACAAGGCUUUUAUCGCAGUUCCUAUAAAGUUGGGAACCAAACCAGAUGGUUAGCAUCUACACAAUUCCAGGCCACUGAUGCAAGAAGAGCUUUCCCUUGUUUUGAUGAACCGGCACUCAAAGCGAACUUCACUCUAAAUAUUGCCAGACCUGUAACAAUGUCAACUAUUUCAAAUAUGCCUAUUGUAGUUACAAAACCACACGAGAGUUUGCCUAAUUAUGUUUGGGAUCACUUUGCUGAGUCACUACCAAUGUCCACAUAUUUGGUUGCCUAUGCUAUAACAGACUUUAGCGUUCUUUCGGAUGGAAAUUUUUCUGUAUGGGCGCGUACGAAUGCAAUAAACUCAGCCCGUUAUGCUCUGAAGGUUGGACCGAAAAUAUUAAAGUUUUUGGAACAGUUUUUUGAUAUUGAUUUUCCGCUUCCAAAAAUGGAUAUGAUAGCAUUGCCAGAUUUUCAAGCAGGUGCAAUGGAAAAUUGGGGCUUAAUAACCUAUAGAGAAACAACAAUGCUUUUUGAAGAAGGAAUAUCAGCAACAACCAAUAAACAACGCAUUGCUGCUGUGAUUGGGCACGAAUUAGCACAUCAAUGGUUUGGGAACUUAGUCACUCCUCGAUGGUGGUCCGAUAUUUGGUUAAACGAAGGUUUCGCCAGUUAUAUGGAAUAUUUAACUGUAGAUGCAAUCGAACCUGAAUGGAAAACGCUUGAUCAAUUUGUAG